CGGGAGGAGGGAUUCUGGCCGAAGCAAACAAGGUAGCCAGCAGCGCUCAGAGAGGCUGGGUUAAACUUUCCUAGAGGGCAGGCGGAGAGAAAAGCCUGUUUUCGGGCACCUGAUGAGCAUCGUCUCUUAACAGGAGCGGACCUUCACGCGCUGUUUUAUGGGAAUUUCGUUUAAGCUGAAUCAAAACGGAAGUCUGACCAAAAUUUAAAGGGAUACCAACAGGACGGCCGGGCUUUUAGAAAUGGCUUUGUCUCCCCGAAGCAGGUGUUUGAUUUUGCUGUGUUUGACAGCUGUUCACUGCGGCCACGCAGCUCUCCAGUCCUGCAUGGACAAGCACCAGGUGGUGGGGGUGCUGCGUCAGAUGGAGAAGUUCUUGAAAGGCCAGGAGAUCCGCUUUACAGAGGCUCUCCGGAUCAUGAAGUCAAAGCUGGCGUCGCUUCAGAACUCCGUCUCCAAGUUACCUCAAGCGGACCAGUCAGCUGCGCCGACCACCUGCCCCUCCCUGCAACCCCCCGCUCACGGAACAAAGUUUGGCUCCAAGCAUUUCGUUGGACACGAAGUCCAUUUCACCUGUUCGCAGGGCUACCAGCUUGUUGGUUCUUCCACCCGGGUUUGUCGGGACAACGGCACCUGGUCUGGUGUCGGCGCUGUUUGCAAAGAUAUUAGCGAGUGUGCGAGUAAUCCCUGCCAAAACGGAGGUACGUGUGUGGAAGGUAUCAACCAGUACAAAUGCACCUGCCCCCAAGACUGGAGCGGCUCUCACUGCCAGCACCAAACCCAGACGGCGCCGCCCGAGUGGAGCGUAAUGAACGACCCCGCGUUCAGUCGGAGGCCUCGGUGCGCCCAGGUCAACCAAGCCCAGCACUGCAGCUGCGACGCAGGCUUUCACAUGAGUGGCACGUCUGACAACAGUAUCUGUCAGGACGUUAACGAAUGCGAAGUGUACCGGCACGACCAGGGAGGGAAACUGUGUGUCCACGAGUGCGUGAACGUCCCCGGCUCAUACCACUGCUCCUGUCCCAGCGGGUACAAGCUUCUUCCAGACGGGCGGAGCUGCGAAGAUGUGGACGAGUGUUUGAGCCAGAAGCAUAACUGUAGCAGAGGGACAUGCAUCAACACUGGGGGAGGCUUUCGGUGUGCCAACCCCGAGUGUCCCCGAGCCCACGGCAACACCAGCUACGUCAAGACGUCUCCUUUUCAGUGUGAGAGAAACCCCUGCCCCAUGGGCAGCCGCUCCUGCCACCUGGCUCCUAAGACCGUGUCCUUCCACUACCUGUCCCUGCCCUCCAACCUGCAGACUCCCGCCACGCUCUUCCGCAUGGCGACCGCAGCCGCCCCGGGCCGCACCGGACCGGACAGCCUGCGCUUCGGCAUAGCGGGGGGAAACUCCCGAGGCAUCUUCGUCAUGCAGCGCUCCGACAGACAGACCGGCGAGCUGAUACUGGUGCAGCAGCUUCGCGGGCCUCAGGAGGUCAGCGUCGACGUGGAGAUGUCGGAGUACGCCGAGCGCAGCUUUCAGGCCAAGCACGUGGCGAGGGUCCAGGUUCUGGUUUCGUCUUACAACUUCUGAGGGCCAACCUGCAGGAGACAACGAGCUCGGACUGAAACCUUUUGUAGGAACCAAGAAGAGUGCACAAUGGCUAGCAAUUAGGCUUUCCAGUACGGUCCGAGAACGAUGGCAGGGUGUUGUACAGUGAUGAGAAAAAGCAUAAAUUAAAUGUUAACUUAAAUGUUUCAUGUCAGACAAAGAUAAUUGGAGUCAAUUAAUAAUUUAGUUUUCAAAAGAGGAUCUAAGGCAGGGGUCUUUAAUGCUGGUCCUCAGGACCCACCGUCCUGCAUGUUUAAAUGUUUCCCUGCCUCCAGACACCUGAAAUAAAUAACGAGGGGAUUAACAGGCCUCUGCCUCCCUUGGUGGCUGCUGAGGAGGUGAUAAAAUCAUUUGAUUCAGGAGUGGUGGAGCAGAAACCUAUCAGACAGCGGGUCCUGAGGACCAGGGUUGAAGACCCCCGGUUUAAGGGAAAUGAGCUCUGCACACCUGUGUGGCUCUAUGCGAAAGUGUAACUGCCCCUUUUGUAAAAUCAUGAAUCAACUGUAAUUAACUAAAGUUUUUAGACAGCCAGGUUACAUUUGACGCUCCCAUCCCAGGUCUGAUAACGGCUGAAAAAAAAGACAUCCCUUAAAAAGGACUUGUCCGACAACACGAGGUAGGCCAAAAUGAAGUAAGCUGAAAGUCAACUCACUUACGUUCCAAUCUGCAACAAAAUACUUUUUCACAGCACAGUAUAGAAAAUCUUAGUGCUUGUGUGGCUCUAAUUUAUUGGAAAUAUUCUUGAUGGAUUUUGAAGUGUAACAUAUUAUGUGCAAAUCCUAUCAUAUACUGUAUAUUUGUGAUUCUGUUUUCUUCUUGUAAAAGCUUGCAUUCAUGUUUUUUCCAACAGC